AGGGGUGUGCGUUUAGCGCUAAUCUUGAAGGGAGGAGGUGUAUUUAAAUUUGGGGUAUCUACGUGUGGAGCGGAUUGCUGGAUAAAGCAGUAGUCCAGCGAGGGACUGCGGGGAGUCAGGUUUCAGUGUUUGAGUCCCAACGAGGACUAAGGCUGCCUUUGUCUCAUUUGGAACUGCAGGCAGUGGAGGGGAAAUACGACCGAGAAAGCGAGUAGAGGGGGCGAGCGAGAGUUCGAAGCGAGAAAGUGUGAGUGAGAGGUAGAGCGGGGCUCCAUCGCUCCUCACCAUCAACUCGUGUCAAUAAGAAGAGACGCUUCCUUGAGGAUUUACUGUCAUUUAGGAUGAUGUCUCGUGGCAGCCUGUGGUCCUUCGCACUCUUCCUGUGGUAUUGCCAUCCAACGACUGCAUUCCUGGAAGAGCGGGGGACCAAAGGGCAGCUGGACCUGACGGAGCUGAUCGGUGUGCCUCUCCCCCCAGACGUGGCCUUCAUCACGGGCUUCGAGGGCUUCCCUGCGUACAGCUUCGGCCCUGGGGCCAAUGUGGGCCGACUGGCUCGCUCCUUCGUCCCCGACCCCUUCUUCCGCGACUUCGCCAUCAUCGUCACCGCCAAGCCCACCACCAGGCAGGGUGGCGUGCUCUUCGCCAUCACCGACGCCAUGCAGAAGGUGGUGCACCUGGGGGUGAUGCUGGCGGCGGUGGAGGACGGCACGCAGCGGGUGGUGCUCUACUACACCGAGCCGGGCGCCGCGACCACUCAGGAGGCGGCCUCGUUCAAGAUGGGCGAGCUGACGGGGCGCUGGGCACGCUUCACGCUGGCAGUGCAGGGCCACGAGGUGCGCCUCUACAUGGACUGCGAGGAGUACCACCGCGUGGCAUUCCAGCGCAGCGCCGGACAGCUCACCUUCCAGCCCAGCUCCGGCAUCUUUGUGGGGAACGCCGGCAACACCGGCCUGGAGAGGUUUGUGGGUUCCAUCCAGCAGCUGGUGUUGACCCCUGACCCCCGGGCCCCAGAUGACCAGUGUGAGGAGGACGACCCCUAUGCGUCUGGCUAUGGGAGUGGGGAUGACCUGGACGACACUGAGAGGAUGGACGAAGUGAAGAAGCUUGUGGAGGAGAGAGAGUACACUAUGCCUGAGGACUUCCUGACCAUGCCCGUGCAGGCUCCUCCCACAGAGGAGGCGUCAUCAGACGAUGAGGACCUUGAGGAGGGGACUUCUGGCCAGGCCAUCGACCUGCCCGAUGAGAGAGCCACAGAGCACACUGCCAGAGUGGACACGGUUCACAGGGAAACCAGUCUGAACCCUGGGCUGAAAGGAGAGAAGGGGGACGCAGGCUCCGCAGGCCCUCCCGGGCCCCCAGGGCCCCCCGGCAGGUCCAGCCCAGCAUCAGGCACCAGCUCCGGGGGAGGAGAACCCGGCCCCAGAGGGCCCCAAGGACCUUCAGGAACCCCUGGAGCUCCUGGCAAAGAGGGAGAGCCUGGUGUGCAAGGCAGAGACGGCAGCCCUGGACAGGCUGGUCCUCAGGGAUUCCCAGGCCUCCCAGGAGAUGCAGGACCCACAGGAGAGAAGGGUGACCCUGGUGUGGGACUGCCUGGCCCCCCCGGACCUCCUGGACCCCCAGGAAAGUCAACAUCCCCCAGAUACAUGGAUGGCCUUGAUGGCUCUGGGUUCGAGGACUUUGACAGCGACACGGAGGUGGUCAGAGGCCCUGCUGGACCUCCAGGGCCCCCAGGAAACCCUGGCCCCCCUGGCCCAUCUCAGGCCCUCCUACCUGGGCAGCCAGGGCUAAAGGGAGCCCCUGGGACGGAUGGAAAGGAUGGGGAGAUGGGUACACCUGGCCUACCUGGGGCUGACGGUCGUCCAGGUAACCCAGGAGCUCAGGGAGAGAAGGGUGACCUAGGUUUCCCAGGAAGUCCUGGACUCAAGGGCGACCUGGGUCAGGAGGGUCCUCCCGGUCUCCCAGGACCUGUCGGUCCAGAGGGGCCCACUGGACCAGCCGGCCAGCCAGGCCCCCCCGGACCUCCAGGACCCCCUGCACAGGGCUUCAAAUUUAACCUGGAGGACGUUGAGGGAUCUGGGGAGUUGAGUGCCAUGGGAGCGAUGCUGCCUAAGGGUCCACCUGGACUUCCUGGACAGCCAGGUGUUAUAGGACUAAAGGGAGAAAGAGGUGCUGAUGGUCAACCUGGUCUGUCUGUGAAGGGGGAUGCGGGUGAAAGAGGACAUGAGGGUGAGCCUGGACUACCUGGAUUACCAGGAGCAAAGGGGCAGUUAGGAGAUGAAGGGCAUCCGGGACUGAAGGGUGAGCCUGGCAGGGAUGCUCUCGGCCUUGUCGGACCCCCCGGUCCUCCAGGACUACCAGGCCCCAUCAUCAACCUUCAGGAUCUGAUGCUUAACGACACAGAAGGACUCUUCAACUUCUCAGGGAUUUUGGGGCCUCAGGGACCAAUGGGGCCAAAUGGUCUAAAAGGGGAAUCGGGAAUUCCUGGGGUCCAGGGGCCAUCAGGCGUUAAGGGUGAGAAAGGGGAGCCGGGUAUCACCAUGGCUGCUGAUGGAUCUCUAAUGACAGGACCAGAGGGACCUAAAGGAGUCAAGGGUGACUCCGGUGUGCCUGGACCGCUCGGGGAGAAAGGCCCCAUUGGACCUGUUGGACCUAAAGGAGAGUUUGGAUUACCAGGACGUCCGGGUCGCCCUGGGAUGAAUGGAUUUAAAGGAGACCAAGGACAGGCUGUAUUUGUACAUGGCCCACCAGGGCCUCCUGGACCGCCAGGACGACCUGGGAUGUUCAACUGCCCUAAAGGAACAGUGUUUCCGGUCCCUCCACGACCGCACUGCAAAAAAGGCGUGAAUGGGGAGUCCAAAGGAGAGGGCGCUACCUGUCUGACCAACAGUUCCAAAGGAGAGAAAGGGGACAGGGGUCUCCAAGGGAUACCAGGAAUACCUGCUCCUGCAAUUGCCAUCCUUCCCAAGGGAUUCUCGCCAAACAGAGGUGAUCAGGGCUAUCACGGGGAGAAGGGGGAGAAAGGGGAAGCUGGAUUGCCUGGCCUUCAUGGGAGGUCUGGACUGGUGGGGCCUAAGGGCGAAUCCGUUAUGGGUCCCAGGGGACAUCCUGGGAUUCCUGGCCCACCUGGGGUGCCUGGUUAUGGGAGAGACGGACCCACUGGCCCCCCUGGCCCUCCAGGGCCUCGUGGACCUCCAGGCUAUGGUUCUGCGUUGGCCACGCCAGGACCACCUGGUCCUCCAGGCCCGCGGGGGUCACCAGGCGUCUCAGGGGGCUCCACUGGGGUGAAAACGUACCCCAGCCUUCAGUCUAUGACUCAGAGGUCCUAUCUGGAUCUGGACGGAACAAUGUACUUUGUGACGGACGCAGGAAGGCUAUACCUCAAGGUCCCGGGAGGGUGGAAGGAAAUCCAGCUGGGGAAACUGCUGGAAGUCCAGUCGCCCAUUAUUCCGCAAGAUGAGGCUCGGCCGCGGCCCCAGAGUCCCGGCUCCAGCAGCAGCAGUAUGCCCCAGAUCCACGAGGGCCAGGCGCUGAAAUUGGUGGCUUUGAACACCCCCCUCACCGGUAACAUAGGUUCGCUCACCGCUGCAGACCAGGCCUGCAGAGCCCAGGCCCAGGCCAUGGGCAUCCGAGACCAGUACCGGGCCUUCCUGUCCAACCACCUGCAGGAUCUGGUGGACGUCAUUCACCCACAGUACCGACGUACCUUGCCCAUUGUCAACCUCAGGGGUGAAGUCCUGUUUGACAACUACGAGCACAUCUUCACCAAGAGCAGCGCUCUUCCCCACGGCAUCCCACUCUUCUCGUUCGACGGACGGGACGUCAUGAGCGACCCCUUCUGGCCACAGAAGGCCAUCUGGCAUGGCUCUUCCCCUCAGGGUCGGCGUCUGCAGGAGAAGAACUGUGAGUCGUGGCGGGCCGGUGACAUGGCCAUUGUGGGCCAGGCCUCCUUCCUCUACACGGGCCUCCUCAACCAGCAGAGCCGCAGCUGCUCCAACCAGUUUGUGGUUCUGUGUGUGGAGGCCAGCCCAGAGCCCAGCUCCUACCAGGAGGUCCGCAGGGGAACCCGCUAUGCCUACUACUACAGGAACCCACGCAGUUCACACAGAACCUAACUAACUCCCACACACACACGCCUUCCACCAACACAUCACUCGCCACCUUCGUCACCGCCGUCAUCCUCAUCAUUGCCAUCGCCACUGACAACAGCUCCAAACGCUCUGGAAAAGGUGUAAAUAUAUGUAAAUGUACUGAUCGCCAUUACACCAUGACCUAUGACCCAUGACUCAUGACAUCACGCCACAACCCAAGCUCUCUCCUCAGCAUGUGUGUGGGCUGCUGGGAUGGUGCUACGGAAAAGCAGGUUGCGGAGAAAGAAACUAUUCAGUAGUCGCUAUGAGUCUCGCAUUCAGGAAGGCUCCCUGGGCUCUGUGAUCGAUCGCCCUCUUCAAGGUCAAGGAGGCUCCUCUGUUUUGUUUUGUUUUGAAUUGUUUUGUUUUGUUUCCUGUUUUGUUUUCCUUUUUUUGCCUCCUGGUCCAUGGUUUUGUCUUCAUAGUUCAUUGGAGACUGCUGUUCAUUCACCCUUGGCGAGAAUUACCAACAUGGAGUCCUGAAGUCCAAAAGUCAUUUUUAUGCACUGUAGUUUUCCUUUUUUUCUACUGUUUGUUUUUCUCAACAAAGGCCUUUUACAUCCAGAAAUAUCUUUUUUAUGAGCAACAAAGAUUACUCUCCGUAUUUAAUUUAAUUUCAAUGUUUUAUUUAUACCGUGACCGCACAUAAUCUGAAUGUCAAAUGAUUUAGGAUAAUUAUGUAAUUUAUAGUUCCACUCGUUCAAAUGGACUGUGCUCCAUCCCGCCACCUCUUGUUGAUUUGUGUUGUACAGCGUUGGUUUUGAUUAAAUCAGAUCAACUUUUUAAAAUUUAAUUAAAUGACAUGACUGCAUUUGUAAGAAAGAUUCCUCCCGCGAAUUAUGAACUUCAGAGAGAAAAGAAAAUUGACUGCUCUCUCAAGUCUUUCCUUUUGUUUUAAAUGCGAAAAAGUAUUGAACAACAUCUGGGAGGGAGAUUGUGUUUUAUACAUUAACUUGUGCCUGUUGAAUAAAUGUUUUUUUUUCCAGAA